GUUUUGCUUGACAAUCCAGUUAAACGUUGCGUUUUGCUUGACAAUGCAAUUACUAGUCAACCAAGCAAAGCUACUAUCUAAAGAUUCUCUCUUUCCCACAAGACAACUCUAAACAAUCAAUCUGUGUCUCUAAACCGAAAGAAAAGGCAAAUGGCGACGAUGGGGGUGGCAGCGCCGACGAGAACCGAGGUUUUACAGCUUUACCGUUCAUUGCUACGGGUGGCACGGCAAUUCUGCGACUACAACAUAAGGGAGUACACAAAACGAAGAACCAUCGACGGGUUUCGAGACAACAAGAAGUUAACCGACCCUUCACUGCUCUCCGCCGCUUUCUUCGACGGCAAAACUCAGCUUGAAGUCGCUAAAAGACAGGCCAUCGUUUAUUCCCUAUAUGCUUCUAAGGUCAAAAGCAUCAUGGAUAUUAAGCCCUCUUAAACAAAAUAUCUGCCCUUGUUGCUCCUUUCCUUUUGAAAGAAAAAGAAAUAAAAAGAAAAAGAAAUAAACUUUGAUUCAUUGAGGAAAAAGAUUAAGUUUUUACAGUGUAUGAAGUUGAAUUUUUUUAUGUAAUACACACUCUGGGAUUAAUGGCAUGUUGGGUUUUGUUUGUUUUGUGUGACU